CGCCAUGUUCGGCCGCCAGCCCGGACGCAGGUCCACCGACACGAAGCUGUAUGACCUGCUCGGCGUGAGCAAGGGGGCGUCGGCGGCGGAGAUUAAAAAGGCGUACCGCAAGAUGGCUGUGAAGCAUCACCCGGAUAAAGGCGGCGACGAACAAAAGUUCAAAGAGAUCUCCGCCGCGUACGAAGUGCUGAGCGACGACGAAAAACGACAGCUGUACGAUGAAUACGGUGAGGACGCGCUGAAGGACGGAGGCAUGGGCGGAGGAGGCGGAUCGCCGUUUGAUAUCUUUGAGGCGAUGUUCGGAGGGAAUCCGUUCGGGCCGGGGGGCGGCGGCGGACGAGGAGGAGGGAGAUCUCGCGUGCGAAAGGGAGAGGACGUCGUGCAUGGGUUGAAACUUGGAUUGGAUGAUUUGUACAACGGGGUGACGAAGAAGCUGAGCCUGUCGAAGAAUGUGAUUUGCCAAAAAUGCGAUGGGAAAGGGAGCAAGUCGGGGGCGAGCGGCACGUGCAACGGAUGCAGAGGCGCGGGCGUCAAGGUUGUCGUUCGACAAAUCGCGCCGGGGAUGGUGCAGCAAAUGCAGACCGUCUGUAACGAUUGCCGAGGCACGGGUCAGACGAUCAGCGAGAAGGAUAAGUGCGAGAAGUGCCACGCUCAAAAGGUUGUUCAAGAAAAGAAGGUGCUCGAGGUGCACAUCGAAAAGGGCAUGAAGCACAACCAAAGAGUGGUCUUCCAAGGCGAAGCUGACGAAGCGCCGGACACCGUGCCGGGUGACAUCAUCUUCGUCGUGCAACAAAAGGAGCACCCGGUGUUCACGCGCAAGGGGGACGAUUUAUUCAUGGAAAAAGAAAUCUCCCUCGUAGAGGCGUUGUGCGGGAUGAAGAUGACCGUCGAUCACCUCGACGGCCGUCAACUCGUCAUCUCCACCCACGAGGGCGAAGUCAUCAAGCCCGGUCAAUUCAAGGCUGUAUUCGACGAAGGUAUGCCUAAGCACACCAUGCCUUUCCAAAAGGGUCGCUUGUUCAUCCACUUCACCGUCAAGUUUCCGGCUCCGGGCGACUUGUCCGAAGACGAUCUCAAGGCGCUCGAAAAGAUUUUACCCGCGCGACCGCAGCUUAGCAUUGACAUGGAGAGUGAAAAUGUGGAAGAGGUUAACAUGCACGAGGUUGAUAUGGAGCAAGAAAAGCGUCGUCGCGAAGCCGAGAGCAGACAACAAAGCCAAUACGAGUCCGACGACGAAGGCGGCGGACAACCCGGCGUUCAAUGCGCCCAGCAGUGAGUUCACCAUUCUUUUCUCUUCGUCGAGGGGUGAAUGUCCCUCGAGUUGUAGUCGAGCGUUGAGUGCGAGUACUGGUGCUAUGGCGUUAGAGUGUUCGUUCUAUUUUACAAUACGAAAUCCCG